UCUGCGGCAUCUGCACGGAUCGGGUGAAAAUUACGAGCCAGAAAAUGGGUUAAAAAUCCGCCUGAACGGGUUUUUCUCUGUGCACUGUGAGCAGCCUCUCGCCUGUAGCACCCAGAAGUGAACAGCAGGCGACCCGGAAGGCUUGAAGUCUGGCUGAAAGCAGGCAGAAAAAGGGGAGUCCUGCUCCGUUAUAAAUUUCUGUUUCUUCUCCUCUCGCUGGCGCAGGAUGGCUGAACCGCGCUUUAACAAUCCCUACUUUUGGCCUCCUCCUCCUUCUAUGCCUGGCCAGCUGGAUAACCUAGUCUUGAUCAAUAAAAUCAAGGAGCAGCUGAUGGCGGAGAAGAUCCGGCCGCCACACCUGCCCGCCGUUUCGGCCGCCUCCCAGCAGCCUCUGAUGUCUCCGUCGGGCCAGGCCGAAGGCAGCCAGCACGGGAUGUCCAAAGCUCAGCAGGGGUCCGGGCUGCACAGUCCGAGCCCAUCGCAGCCUGACAUCGCCCUGCAUGCCCGCCCUGCCUCCAGCUCUGUUACAGGUCGUAUCCUUGGAGAUGUGAACUUGAAUUUGGACGACAAGGCGGCUCUGAAAGCCCGGGGUCUGUGGGAGGACUGGCACCUGCGUCAGCUCAUAGACCAUCCGUCCAGAACAAACCACGUCUCAGGUGUGGCUCUGGCGUCCAGAACCGGGAACCUCAGCACUUCGGAGAUCAUAACCCCAACAACACCCACCUCAAGCAGCCACAGCCGGCUGGGUGGAGCCCCCGCCCCUCACCUCAUCUCAGGGCUAGCCGGCAGCCACGGGAUGGAGCCCGGGAAGACCAACGGGGGCUUUGUGGGCCUCCUCGGCCCGCCGCCGAAGCAGGAACGAGGGCGCAAGAAGAUCAAGGCCGAGAACGGCUCGUCGCUUUUGGUGGUCCCGUACCCGAUCCUGGCCUCGGGCAACGACCAGUCCUGUGUCACCAUCACCGCUAAAGAGGGUAAAACCUACAGGUGUAAAGUUUGUCCCCUGACCUUCUUUUCCAAGUCCGACAUGCAAAUUCACUCCAAAACGCACACAGAGGCGAAGGCCCACAAGUGCCCUCACUGCACCAAGACGUUUGCCAACGCCUCGUACCUGGCCCAGCAUCUGCGCAUCCACCUGGGCCUCAAGCCGUACCGCUGCUCCUACUGUGAAAGAUGCUUCCGCCAGCUGUCCCACCUGCAGCAGCACACCAGAAUCCACACAGGUGACCGACCGUAUAAAUGCCUCCACCCAGGAUGUGAGAAAGCUUUUACGCAACUCUCUAAUUUGCAGUCUCACCAGAGGCAGCACAACAAGGACAAGCCCUUCAAAUGCUCCAACUGUUUCCGUGCCUACUCAGACUCGGCCUCGCUGCAGAUCCACCUCUCUGCACACGCCAUCAAGAACGCCAAGGCCUACUGCUGCAGCAUGUGCGGCCGGGCGUACACCUCAGAGACGUACCUCAUGAAGCACAUGCCGAAACACGCGAUGGUGGAGCACGUCAUGUCCCAUCAUUCCCCUCAGAAUAGGACAGGUUCUCCCAAUAUUCCCAUUCGGAUCUCCCUCAUCUGAGCUCCACUGCCGUCGUCGUUCCUCCCACCACAGACUCCUACUGCCUGACGGACCGCUCGGCUCCAAAUGGAGGCAGGAAUCAUUUGGCGAAGAGGUUCUCGUCUGACGAGUUUCUCCUUCUUCUCUUUGUUGCUAAAGAGGAAGUAUUAACGGGAUCAUCCAAAGAUGAUUUCAGCACUUUCAGGCCUGACACUGACGGGCCAGAUAUUUGUUUGUUUUUUUUUGUUUUUUUUUUUUUAUGGGACUUAAACAAGUAUUGCUCCAGGCAGCUACAUAGAGAAUCUUUUUAAGUUUUGUGUUAUACAUAUAACGUUGUUUUUUAUAAACCGCUUUAAUUAGCUCCCCUUAUGUCAUAUAUUAUUAGUCUUCCAUUAUCUACAGAUGCAGGCAAUAUUGCUGACAACCCUGGUGUGUAAAAAACGUCUAAUUUACCGCAUUUACUCAGUAAAAUCUGUAUUUAUACAGACUUUUAAUACGGAUUUUACCGUUUUCAUACGGUACAUUCCUUGCAACCACAGCUGUCGGUAUUUUACUGUAAACUAUAAACUUUUUUUACAGUCUGGUUUGUAAAAUGGCUUAGUUUUAUUUUUUAUUACACUGCCACAGUUUAACUUAAAAUGAACGGAAAAUCCAAUAAUUAAACGAGUAUAAAAAAAUUAAUUUAUGUUAUGAAGUCAUAAAAUUAUAUCAAAAGUGAUUUUUUUUUUUUUUUUUACCUCUUUGCAAUAAUAUAUGAGGCUUUUAUUUUAGGAAGGUGGUGAUAUUAAAAAUGAUCUAAACUGAAACAUAAGAUGCUUUUUCAGUAAAUCCAAACUUGAAAAAUAGAUUUAUUAUCACGUUACAAUUUUCUGGCUUCUUUGGACGUGCAGCUCUGGAAAAAAAUUAAGGCACCACUUAAAAUGAUCAGUUUCUCUGAUUUUACUUUUUGUAGGAAUAUGUUUCAGUCAAACAUAUUCUUUUCUUGUUCUUUUGUUCUAUGAACUACUGACAACAUGUCUGAAAUUCAAAGCACAAAUUUAGGAUUUAUUUGCAGAAAAUGAGAAGUGGUCAAAAUAACAAAAGGUGCUUUCUGACCUCAAAUAAUGCAAAGAAAACAAGUUGACGUUCAUUUAGGAACAUUAAUACGAUUGAUUUAACUCAGGAAGAGUUCAGAAAACAAUGUCUGGUGGAAUAACCAGGAGGUUUUCAAUGGGGUUCAGUGCUGUGGGCUCUUAGUUUUUGUUCCAGACCUGUAAAUCUGAUUUUAUGCCAGAGAAAAGCCUCAUCAGACCUACCAUCACAAACACUACUGGGACUUUAACUGGAAAUAUCUGCUUUGGUCAGAUGAAAGUAAAAUUAAGCCUGAAACAAAGGAAAAACAUUUGUAAAUUUGCCUCAUUCCCAAAGUUAAGCAUAGUGGUGGAUCUGUGAUCAUGUAGGGAAGAACUUGGAGUCUGCAGGAUCCAGAUGUCAUAAAUGGAAAACGAGAUUAUUUUCCUGAUUGGUAAAUGUUCUCCAAUUAAGGGUUGGAUUUGUAUUACAUUUUCAAAACAGAAAGAUUAAUUUAAAGGUUAUUUUACACGUCUCUUAGGUGGAUUGUCAACAUAUUUGUCUGUAAGUUAACAUAAAAGUGUAGGUUUGUGUAUUCAUGCGUGUUUUUAACACUAAGGCAUUUGAUGUGUCAGCAGCUUCAGUUCCAGUGAUUUCUUCGCCUUCUUGCCAAACUUAGAAUCAGACGGAGAGGUUUGGCGAAACUUCACCGACAGUCACCUGAAGAAAAUCUAGGUUGAGGGAACUGUUGAGUUUUUCACAUCACUGCAAAAUGGACCAGAAAAAGCUGAAGUAUUCAGAGGGUGAAGGCAAAACUCCUCAAUCUGUUUCCCUUUGACAAAAAUAGGGGUUAUUUUUUUUUGGUUGUUUUGAGAAAUAGAUGUUAUUCACUUAAAGAAGUCACGUUAUUUAGCCUUUUUAGUUGGCGUUCUCUUCAUGAUAUCCUUGUCCUCUCUUGAUGAAGAUACUACAAAAAGUUAUCCAAAAAAAAAAACAAAUUGGAUUUUAUUUGUGGAUCAUAUUUCGGCAGCAAGGCAUUUGAAAGUGCUUUACGUAAUAAAAACACAAAAAUCAACUGAAACAUCAAAUUUUUCCAGGUGCCAUCAUUACUCAUCAGAUAUGUUUGGGAGCAAAAGGCAACUCUAAACAGGUGGGUGUUUAGAUUUAAAGUUACUCUGGGUUUCAGCUGUUUUGCAGUUUUUUGGAAGUUCAUUCCAGAUUUGUGGUGCAUAGAAGCUGGAUUUGGUUCUGCAGAGCAGACCAGAACCAGAAGACCUGAGAGAUCUGGAAGGUUGAUACUACAGCACAGUACUGUACUGUGUGUGACAAGUCGACAUGAAGUUACUUCAAUUUUUCUGCCUUUUCUUUGUACUUGUCUUAACUGUGAAAGGCCUGUGUGACACGGCUGCUCAUCUUUUUCUUUAUUCCAGGAUCAUUUCAAACACCAUGCAUCAGAAAUAUAACUUUGAUUAAACAAGUUCAAGGAACAAAACCCUUAUUAAUCCAUUUUAAAUUAUUACAUUUCAUUUUCUCAGACCCAAAGUCUUGUUCUCUGAACUCAUGUUAUGACCAAGAAUUAUGACCAAGAAUCUGAGACAUAAGAUAAAUAAAGAGAUCACAAACAUGUUUUCCUCUCCACAAGUUAGUUUUUUUGUUUAAUUAGUGACUAAUGUGGAAACAAAAUGAACAUAAAAGAACCCAUGGAUGUAUUUAAUAUACAAGUUAAACAUCAUUACGAGGAUCUUAGUCAAUUUACAGCUGCAGUCUGAGGUGGGCACAUCAAACAUGACGUUUUCCAUGUACUUAUAAAAGUAUACUUUAUUUUACAAGUGUUUAAGGCCUUAACUUUGUGUACAACAGCUGAGUUAAUUUGUAACCUACUUAACAUUCAUCUUUUAUGUCGGAGCAUGAGAAAUUCUGUAAAUAAACUACUAACUGUCAAAGCGAUUGUAAUAAAAGUGUUUUUAUUGA